CCACAACAAGAUUAAAAUAUUAUAAAUUCCGUUUGUAGAACAAAUGCAGGGGCUGCGUGUCCAGACUCCAGCACACGCACACUCGAGCAGACGUGUUGUUCAUCACCUCGCCAGAUAUUGAUCAAUUGCCAAAUUGCUUUUAUUCUAAUGGAAUCAAUGCAAGCUCUGGCCAGAGCGACGACGUGACGACUUGGCGUCUCCAUUUAUGCCACGAAUUUUCAUGAGUGUAAUGGAGAUGCCUGUGGACGAAGAACUGCGCUCUGCAUCACCACCUGCAACAGAGCAGUCGACGGAGCUGCCUCACAGCUUAUUCGAUUGUAGUUGAGAAGAGUACCCUAAGUUCCCUAAUUUCAUGAGUGUCAUGGAGACGCCUGUAGACGAAGAACUGCGCCCUGCAUCACCACUUGCAACAGAGCAGUCGACAGAGCUGCCUCACAGCUUAUUUGAUUUUAGUUGGCAAGAGUUCCCUAACCCACCGAUUCCACCUGAAACGAGGCGAGAGCUCUUCUCGAAUGUUAAUGUAGGUCCAACAGCUCCAUGUGUCGACCCCUAUGAUGUAUUCGUUGCCAUAUGGGACAGGCAAUUUAUGGAGCACAUAGCUUCAGAAACAAAUAGAUAUGCUCAGCAGGUGGUCGAAGAGACUCUCCGUAGCAACGACCUCCAUCCCAAUAGCCGCAUUGGCAGGUGGUGUGACACCACGGCUGAUGAAUUGUAUGUCUAUAUUGGCAUUACUAUUGCAAUGGGGGUUGUUGUUAAAUCCAGAUUGGAGGAGUACUGGUCCUCCACCGCUGACAUUUUCUAUACUCCGGGUUUCAGUGCAUACAUGUCUUUUAAUCGUUUUUUAAUAUUGAAUAAAUGUUUACAUUUUAACAAUAAUGAAGACACAUGUGGACUCAAUGUUUCUGAAGCUAAAUUAUUUAAGAUUAAACCUGUUUUUGUUCAUCUUAAUAGCAAAUUUCAAAAUUUAUAUCAUCUUAGUCAAAACAUAUCUCUUGACAAGAGUCUUCUGAUGUGGAAGGAGUUAGACAGUGACCAACCCAUUCCCAAUAUAAAGGGGAUCAGGACUUAUGAAGUCUGUGAGUCUCAAACUGGCUACUUGUGGCGUUUUGAGAUUCACGCUAAUAAACAAUCCACACCGCUGCAGCCGGAAGACCCAUUAAACGCUCCCACACUGGCCAUCGUUUUGGGACUCCUACACGGCCUCGAGAACAAAGGUCACACUGUAUGGAUGGACAAUUCUUUUAAUUCACCCAUUCUCGCACGUCGGCUCAAAUCCCUCGGUUUUGAUUGUGUAGGUAAACUGCGAACCGACUGUAAGUUUGUUCCGCAGGCCCUGCAGAGUCUAACCAAGUGGAAUAUGGAUCGUGGACAGCUCGUUGGUCUCACCUCGGGGGAUGUGGAUGUCAUGGUAUGGCGAGAUAGCACCAGAGUCGCUAUGAUUUCGACAUACCACGGCAACGCAGUGGCCCAGGAUCGAGGUAUUGCCAAACCCAUCUCGAUAUUGGACUACAAUAACAUGAUGGGGGGAGUCGAAAAAAAAGACCAAAUGCUGGCGGCGUACCCGAUAGAACGGAAACGUUCAAAAUUCUGGUACAAAAAAUUGUUCAGACGUCUCUUGAACGUUUCCGUUCUAAAUUCAUUCAUCAUCCACAAAAAGUCUUCGCCUACUUCUCCGCUAUCCCACCGUAGUUUUAGAGUUAAAUUAGUCAAUUUGCUUUUAAAAAAACACUGUUCUCGCCCUGUCACUUCCCUUCCGUCUGUUCCGCCUGUCACCACACAGAACGUCGACGUCGGACCCUUUGAUAUCACCCACCGCUUGGAGGAGCACCCGUUACGUAAUGGCGCACGAAAGCGGCGGCUCUGUACUGUGUGCAAGAAGCGGGUGUGGACGUUCUGUAUUGGUUGCGACAAAACUGUUUGCAAAAGUUCUUGUUUUGUUAGUCUUCAUAAUAGUAUUGAUACAUGAUAGUAUCGUAUAUUAUAUCGUAUUCUUCAUAAUCAUAUUAAUAAAAUCUAUAUUUGCUC